AAAGAAAAAGCAUUUUACAGCAUCAUAGAAAAGUCUUAAAUAAAUCGAAAAAAGAAAGGUAAAGGAGAGAAUAUUUUGGGUGGAAAAGAUAUAGGGACAGCAGCAAAAUGGCUAAAGAAGGGGUUUAUUACCUCAAUCCUCCGAGGAUUGUUCUCUUCCCUACAAUCAAUUCCUUCAAAGAAAAAAACUUUCAUAAAUAACAUGCCUCCAACACUUUCACCUCCUUUGCCACCUUGAUUUCCACACCAUAACAUUAAAAGACAGGAGGAGGUUAUGGCCUUACCUCUUCCCUCCCCAUUACGCCUCCUGUCUUAUCUCCUCCUCCUCCUCAUCGCCACCGCCUCUUUCGCCGCCACCACCUCUUUCGCCGCCACCAUUCAACACGAAGUCGUACGAAAACCGGUCCCCGACUUCCCCCUCUUCCGAGAAGCCCCUGCAUUCCGCAACGGAAACACAUGCAACAAUGAGAGCAUCCACAUUUCCAUGACGUUGGACUCAAACUACCUCAGAGGAACCAUGGCCGCGGUCCUCUCCAUUCUCCAGCACUCCACCUGUCCAGAAAACUUGGAGUUCCAUUUCCUCUGGGCAAGGUUCGAGCCCCAGGUGUUCACCAUCAUCAAGUCCACCUUUCCUUACCUCAGGUUCAAAACUUAUCGCUUCGAUUCCAAUAGGGUACGUGGAAAAAUCUCCAAAUCCAUUCGCCAAGCCCUGGACCAGCCUCUCAACUACGCACGAAUCUACCUCUCCGACAUUCUCCCAGGUUACGUGAAACGCGUGAUAUACCUGGACUCUGAUAUCGUGGUUGUGGAUGACAUUGCAAAGCUGUGGGAGGUUGACUUGGAGGGGAAGGUACUGGCGGCGCCGGAGUAUUGCCAAGCGAAUUUCAUGGUGUAUUUCACGGAUUUGUUCUGGAACGACAAGGAGUUAAGUAGGACGUUCGAGGGAAGGAAGCCCUGCUAUUUCAACACGGGGGUGAUGGUGAUGGACGUGGAGAAAUGGAGGGAGGGGAAGUACAGGGAAAAGGUGGAGGCAUGGAUGGUGGUGCAGAAGCAGAAGAGGAUCUACCACUUGGGUUCUUUGCCUCCUUUUCUUCUGGUUCUUGCUGGGGAGUUGAAGAGUGUGGACCACAGGUGGAACCAGCAUGGGUUGGGAGGUGAUAAUCUUGAAGGCAGGUGCAGGAGUCUUCAUCCUGGGCCUAUCAGUUUGCUGCAUUGGAGUGGCAAGGGGAAGCCAUGGUUGAGGUUGGACUCCAGAAGGCCUUGCUCUGUUGAUCAUCUCUGGAAACCCUAUGAUCUCUAUCAUCCCAAUACUGAUGUUCUUGAAUGAAAAUCAUGAUGAACUUGUUGGGGGGAAGGUAGGAGAGAAAUUACUGGUUUGAAUGUUUUUCGUCACAUAUUACAUAUUGAAAGCCUGGGAAAAUGAAGAAUGCCAGUGAGGGAGGUUAAUGAGAAGGAAUGAUGAAAGGAAGAAAAUCACUAAGCAGUUUGAUUAAACAUAUGGGUGAAGAGAGAUUGAUAAAUACAAUGUGUUUUUGCAGUUUGGUGUGGAAGAAAAGGGAAAGACAUUUGCUUUGAGUGCAAGGUACAUAAUCCAGAAAAUCAAGAACUAGAGUAUUGAUUGAUAUACAUAGUUUUUGGACUCGAUAUUAUGACUAAGAUAUUUAUCAAUUUUAAUUUAAUAUCUUGAUAGAAUUUCUACAU